AUGCACGCCUCUCUGUCACUGCUUGUCUUUGGCGCGCUUCUCAGGCUCGCACACGCUGCGACAACUAGUUUGGAUGGGAUCUACUCACUUGUUCAGCGUCAGAUCCCCGAGCAUGCGGACUCGUUCACGUUUUCGCUUUUCCAAGCUGAUGGUGAUUCCUUCGCGAUCAGCGAUUCUACUGAAGGUAGCGGUAUCAAUGUACAGUGUUCGACUGUCAGCGCUUGUGCAAGAGGGCUCUAUACGUACCUAACGCAGUACGGUGGUGUCGACAUUUGGUGGACAGGGUCGCGCCUCAGCCAGUUGCCCUCCCCUCUACCCGCUGUGGGAAUCCCCGUCAACGGACAGCUAUUGUGCCAUACAGGUAUAUACCACUUCAACACUGUCACCUUCGACUAUACCGCGACUUGGUGGGAUUGGGAUCAAUGGCAGGCCCAGCUCGAUUGGCUUGCUCUGCGCGGCGUCAACCUUCCCCUUGCAUGGGUUGGCUACGAAUACAUCCUCAUCCAAGUCUUCCAGGAGGUCGGUCUCUCGGAUGAUGACAUCGCAUCUUUCCUUUCUGGCCCAGCAUUCCAGGCAUGGAACCGCUUCGGAAACAUCCAAGGAAGCUGGGGUGGACCGCUGCCCACCGAGUGGAUCGAUGGGCAGUACGCGCUACAGCAACAGAUCGUCGCACGGAUGUACGAACUCGGCAUGACACCCGCCCUCCCUGCCUUCACAGGCUUCGUACCUCGCGCAUUGGCGCAAUUGUAUCCCAACGCAUCGAUCGUGAACGGUAGCCAGUGGGAUGGAUUUCCGACCGAUUUGACGAACGUGUCAUUCCUCGAGCCAUGGAACGAUCUCUUCGUGACGAUGCAGAAGUCAUUCAUUGCCAAGCAGCAGGCCGCGUACGGCGCCAACAUUUCACAUAUCUACACACUAGACCAAUACAACGAGAACAGUCCCUAUAGCGGCAACACGGCCUACCUAGCAAACAUCUCCAGCGAGACUUUCGCUGCGCUCCGAGCUGCGGACCCCGAGGCAGUUUGGAUGAUGCAGGGCUGGCUCUUCUUCGAUGACGAGACCUUCUGGACGACGGACCGCAUCUCUGCCUACUUGGGCGGCGUCCCUGGCAACGACAGCAUGAUCAUCCUUGAUCUGUUCUCGGAGGUGUACCCGCAAUGGCAGCGGACGGAGUCCUACUACGGCAAACAGUGGGUCUGGUGCGAGCUGCACGACUUCGGUGGGAACAUGGGUUUCGAAGGAAACCUUCCCGAGCUGGUCUCUGGGCCUAUCCAGGCCCUCGCGGCUUCGCCGAGUAUGAAAGGCAUGGGCCUUACGAUGGAAGGUCAGGAAGGAAACGAGAUUGUAUAUGACAUUGUGCUCGACCAGGCGUGGUCGGCUAACCCGCUCGCCAUCACCGCCUACGUCGAGUCCUGGGUAGCACGCCGCUACCUUGUCAGCCCCCUUCCGGCUGCUGCCCAAAAUGCAUGGUCGAUCCUCAGCACGACGGUAUAUAGUAAUGCAGUAAGCGCCGCCACAAUCAAGAGCAUACUCGAGGUGGAGCCCGCCAUCUCGGGUCUGACGGACGGUAUCCUCACCGCUGUCCCGUACGACACGAACACCACCAUCGUCCCUGCGCUACAGAACCUCAUCGCGGCCGCAGGGGAAAAUCCUGCCCUGCUCGCGGUGCCGGAGUUCCUGUACGACAUCGUUGAUGUGACCCGGCAGCUCCUGGCGAACCGAUUCAUCGACGCCUACAACGCACUGGUAUCGACCUACAAUGCCUCAGGCGCGACGUCGACCUCCGUGACAGCAGCCGGCGAACCGCUGCUGACCAUCAUCAGUGACGUCGAUGCGGUACUCUGGACGAACGACAACUUCCUGCUAUCCAACUGGAUAGCCUCGGCGCGCAGCUGGGCCGGGAGCAACAGUACCUACGCGGACUAUCUCGAGUACAACGCGCGAAACCAGAUCACGCUCUGGGGGCCAGACGGAGAGAUCACGGACUACGCGUCGAAGCAGUGGGCGGGUCUGGUAGGGACGUACUACUACCAGCGGUGGGAGACCUUCGUGGGCUACCUCGCGAACAUCACGGCGAGCGGAACGUCAUACGACAAUACGACGCUGCAUGAAGAGAUGCUCUCCAUUGGGGAGGCUUGGGACUCUGAGACUUGGAGUGCAGGGUGGGAGGUGACCGGUGAUACCAUGGAUGUAGUGACUGGACUCGUGCAGAAGUGGAUAGGGUAG